AAUGAACCUUCUGAGGAAGAUGGUUUACAUGAAGAUACCAAACAAGUUAUGGUGUUAGAAGCUACAAAAGCAUUUACUGUGUCAUUACAGGAAAUAAAAAAAAUGUUCCAUGCCACAGUGGUUACAGUGGAGACUGAAUUCUUCAGAGUGAAGGUGUUUGAAAAAAACCUACAGGAAAUGUUCACUCUAAAAAGAUUCAUUGUUUUCUUGGAUUAUUUUGGUAGCUAUGGGUCUCUAGUGAUACACAAAGCCUCCAGUGUGUCUGAGGUGACUAAUAUUGGAAGUAUGGAAAUCUUAAGGUCAUUGAGUAAAGAAGGCAUCCCAAAUCCUAAAAUCCAAAUAAAAUGGGAAAAUUGUAUAUGUUAUGGAAUUAAGGAUUAUACAGGUCAAAUGAAAGUGGCAGUAUCUGGACACCUGACCAAUGUCAACUGUAAUAUUGGUGACAAAGUUAGACUUGUCUGCUUUGAACUGACCUCAGAUGUGAAUGAGUGGUUUCUGAGAGCUGUGAGGUACAGUUACAUGGAGCAGGGUCAGUCCCCCAAGGUGCUCUUUUACAGAGAAAUUUCAGACCUGGAUCUGACAGCCAAUGGCCUAUGCUGCUCUGUAUGGCAGCUGAAGACCUACAACCACAGCCUCAACAAAACUAUGGAGACCACCGGAGACUAA